UGUCACUUUUUCUCUCAAUUUCUCAAAUAUUUUGAGAAAUUAAAAUGAAGUUACCCACAAUUUCCAAAAUGUUUGUGUUAAUUUUUUUAUUUUUUAAUCAUGGUAAAAGUUUGGACUGUCUCUCCUGUUCUGGCAAGAACUGUAAUCCUCGAGAAAUAAAUACGAUUACUUGUGGACAAACAAUAGGUAAGGCCAGUAACUACAAGUGCUUUCUUUUAAUAUGGAAACGUAAAGAGGUUCAUGAAAUGAGGGGUUGUAUCGGUGACAGAUUCGUUCAACUGUUAAAAGAUUGUGGCAUAAAGAAUUUUACUGCGAAUGAAAAUUUUAUUGUUUCGCCUCAAGAAAACAACCAAACAUCAUGUAUCCUUUGUUCUACAGAUCUGUGUAAUCAUAAGGCAGAGGAGGGACAAAAGAGUUCCGCAGUUAUUGCGAGUGUUGACAAGCUUUUUUAUUUAAGUUUAAUUUUUAUUUUGACCGUGUACUUAGUAGAAGAAAUAAAUAAUUAUAAUUCUUAA